AUGGCUUAUUUCGGUCCUGGCCCACAAUUCCUUGCUGAAUAUACUGCAAGAAAUGCAGAAAUAGAGCAGAAACUAACCAAUGAACAGCUUCAAUAUGUACGUCAACGUUAUAGAAUGAAUAAAUACGCCAGUCCGAUGGAAAUUCGACAAAUUGUAACGCAAUUGGAUAUUGAUGAUUCUGAAUUCUAUAUCGACUUGACGGAAUGGUUUUUUUAUCGACGUUCGAUGGAAUACGAAAAUGAACAAUAUCGAUAUCAACUAGCAAGGAUUGCAGCUUAG